AUGUCAGAACCUGCGGCCAUGGCAUCCAGCAACAACAACGAGACCGGCUCGUCGGCAGCAGCAGCAGCGCUACCUGCAGCAUCUGGUACCAUCCCCGCUGCUGAUUCUUCGAAAGGAAGCGAAGGCAGUGGUGCUAUUACGGAGCAAAAUAUAUCCUAUUCUGCCGAGCGUAUUAUCGGUAAUGGGUCCUUUGGGGUAGUCUUUGAGGCCAAGGUUGUGGAAACAGGGGAAGUUGUUGCCAUUAAGAAAGUCUUGCAGGACAAGCGCUUCAAGAACCGAGAGCUUCAGAUAAUGAGACAGCUAGUCAAAGAUCCACAUCCCAACAUCGUGGCGCUCCGUCACUGUUUCUACUCACAGGGAGAAAAGCCAGAUGAAUUGUAUCUUAACCUCGUGCUGGAAUUCGUUCCCGAAACUGUCUACUCAAUCAGCAGACGGCACCAAAAACACAGCAUGCCUUUGCCUCUGUUAUAUGUCAAGCUUUAUUUAUACCAGCUGUCUCGAGCGCUGGCUCAUAUUCAUGCUCUUGGCAUUUGUCAUCGUGACAUCAAGCCGCAGAAUCUUUUGGUGAAUCCGCAGAAUCAACAGCUCAAGCUCUGUGACUUUGGAAGCGCCAAAGCUUUGGUCAGAGGCGAGCCCAACGUAUCGUAUAUUUGCUCUCGUUACUACAGAGCACCCGAGCUCAUCUUUGGCUCCACAGAUUACACUACGGCCAUUGAUAUCUGGUCCCAAGGUUGCGUUGGCGCCGAAUUGUUAUUGGCACAGCCACUCUUCCCGGGGGAUUCGGGCGUGGACCAAUUGGUAGAAAUCAUCAAAGUGCUAGGAACUCCCACCAAAGAGGAGAUCCGAUCAAUGAACUCCAACUACAUCGAGUUCAAGUUCCCCCAGAUCAAGGGAUGUCAAUGGAAAAAGAUAUUCCGCAACAAGACACCCGAGGAAGCUAUGGAUUUCAUCGCGGCCACGCUUGCAUACACCCCAUCCAAGCGACUCAAGCCGCUGGAGGGUUGUGCUCACACAUUCUUUGAUGAGUUGCGCCAAGAGUCAACACAGCUGCCCAACAAUGGAGGUGCUUUGCCACCUCUCUUUGACUUUACAGAGCACGAAAUGUCGGCCUCACGAGAGCUGUUGGAUAAGCUCAUCCCCCCUCACGCAGCCAAUGCUACCAACGGCGAUGGAGAUAAGAAAGUUAGCGGAAGAUGA